AGGCGCUGAUUCCGUUUCGGCGACACUUGCCACUUCUCCCUUCGAAUUGUUUAUUCAUUUUAUUAAUUGAGGGAUCAAUCAAGAAUGAGGCGCUUUUAUUUUGUUUUUUAAUUAUUGUUAAUUAGUUUUCUGGGUUUUGGUCUUAUUCGGGGGUGGAAACACUCUUAAUUGUUGAUUAUUCGGGCAGUUGCUCGAUCAGUGCUGCAAGGAUUGAAGUCCUCUUUAUCGACCGGGCAUUAUAACCGAGAGGUUAGUGGAGGCUACAGUGGAGGUGAAGAGAAUCGAGUGGUUCUCUGUUGUUUUUCCAGAAAUUGAGAAUUUUUUAAACGAAAAAUCGAUAAUUGUUGGGGAGUAACUAGUCUAAUUGAAAGGGCUGCAGCAUGUCACUUGUGAGGAGAGGCCAGCACUGGGCGACAUUCGCUCGGAUCUGGCACAUAUACGACGCGAAAUGGCAGGACCCGUACAAAAGUGCUGUCCUGUUAACGAAAUACCUCAAGGGUCUCCACAAACCGAUGUACCACCCCAUGGGCUACUGUGGAGAUCACGUAGUCGUGAUAAACAGCAAGGACAUUGCGUUGAGAGGGGACGAGUGGGUCAAGAGAGUUUACUUCCACCACAACACCUACCACAGCGGUGACACAUGGACCCUAGCCUGGGAACUCCACAAGAAGAACAAAACCAUGAUCAUGCAGAAGGCUGUUUACCACGCGAUGAGGGGCAACCUCCAGCGACGACACACCAUGCAACUCCUGCACAUCUACCCGGACGAGAAUGUCCCUGAGGAGAUCCUCCAGAAUGUCAGCAGUCAGAUCAAACAACUGAGACCCCAGCCAGUCAGCCUCGAUCACAUCCCUGCUGAGGAGGUGGAGAAUUUCCCACGUGUCAUGAAAUACCCCACGAAUUACAUACUUCGCUAGAGAAAACGCCAAUUCACUGUAUCCUACAUUUAUUUCUAUCUAUAAUAAAGAAUAGACUCGAGUUAA